AUGAUGACCGCCAAGGCGGUGGACAAGAUCCCGGUGACCCUCGGCGGGUUCGUGCACCAGCUCCCCGAGGGCAUUUACCCCGCCGAUGACAUCUCCGCCGCGCUGCCAACUUCGGUCGCGAUCUUCCCCAAUGCCGACCUGGCGGGGCCGUUUGACCAGAUGAGCGGUGUGGCCGGAGACGGCAUGAUCAACGUGGACAUGGGCGACAAGCGGGCCCUGGACCUGCCCUACGGCGGCGGCUUCGCGCCCAACGCCCCGGCCUCCCGCAACCAGACCUUCACCUACAUGGGCAAAUUCUCCAUCGACCCGCAGUACCCCGGCGCCGGCUGCUACCCCGAGGGCAUCAUCAAUAUCGUCAGCGCGGGGAUCCUGCAGGGGGUCAGCACGCCCUCCUCCGCCGCCCCCGCCGCCGCCCCCGCCGCCGCCUCCUCCGCCUCCUCCUCGGCCACCGCCGCCUCCGCCGCCUCCGCCGCCUCCCCCAACCCGCUGGCCGGGGCCCUCGGCUGCACCAUGGCGCAGGGCCAGCCGGCCGACCUGGAGCACCUCUACUCGCCGCCGCCGCCGCCCUACUCGGGCUGCGGCGACCUGUACCCGCAGGACCCCUCCUCGGCCUUCCUGCCCGCCGCCGGCGGCGGGGCGCUGCCUUUCCCCCCGCCGCCCUCCUACCCCUCCCCGAAGGCGGCGGCGGCCGACGGCGGGCUCUUCACCAUGAUCCCCGAGUACGGCGGCUUCUUCCCGCCGCCCCAGUGCCAGCGGGAGCUGCACGCCGGCCCCGACCGCAAGCCCUUCCCCUGCCCCCUCGACUCGCUCCGCGUCCCGCCGCCCCUCACGCCGCUCUCCACCAUCCGCAACUUCACCAUGGGGGCGCCCCCGGCGGGCGCCGCCCCCGGCAGCGCUCCCGGCGGCGGCGGGGGCGAGGGCGCGGGCGCCCGGCUGCCCGCCGGCGCCUACAGCCCGCACCACCUGCCGCUGCGGCCCAUCCUGCGGCCCCGCAAGUACCCCAACCGGCCCAGCAAGACGCCGGUCCACGAGCGGCCCUACCCCUGCCCCGCCGAGGGCUGCGACCGCCGCUUCUCCCGCUCCGACGAGCUCACCCGGCACAUCCGCAUCCACACGGGCCACAAGCCCUUCCAGUGCCGCAUCUGCAUGCGGAACUUCAGCCGCAGCGACCACCUCACCACCCACAUCCGCACGCACACCGGCGAGAAGCCCUUCGCCUGCGACUUCUGCGGCAGGAAGUUCGCCCGCUCCGACGAGAGGAAGCGGCACACCAAGAUCCACCUGCGCCAGAAGGAGCGGAAAGGAGCCGCCGCCGCCGCCGCCGGCGGGUGCCCGCAGCCCGGCGGCGGGAGCGGCGCCGCCACCCUGGCCCCCUGCGCGGCGCGGACGCGGACGCCCUGACGGCGCGGGGUGGGCAGGACCCAGCGCUGAGCCGCUGAGCCGCCGCCGAGGGCGGCGGGGCGCGGAGCCCGGCGGGGCGCGACGAGCACCUGGUGGCGCCGCGGGGCUCCCCCGGGCCGGAGCGGGCCGGGCCGGGUCGGGCCGGGCCGGGCCGGCCGGUGUACAUAGGGGCUGCGGCGGGAGGAUGGAUGCAUGCAGUGCCGUCGUGGUGAGGUGUCCUUGGUGCCUUGUGUGGUGUAGAGCCCGGUCCCCUGUCUGCAUGUGGGGGGUGCCUUACCGAUCCGCUCCGACGACAGCGGCGACACCGAGACCGGAAAGUUUUCCCUCCCUGGUUUUAGUAUGGCUGUACAUUUCUGCCUAUUAAUAUUGGGAUUUUUUUUUUUUUUAGAGACUAUAUUUUUGUACGCACUGGCUUGGGGUUUUGUUUUUGUUUUUCUUUCUGGUGACUUAAAAGUGUUACGUUUGUAGUAGGACUUGGGACGGGUUGUAAAUACUCUGGCUGGAACCGACGCCCGUUGGCCGCCGGGACCCGGCGCGCAGCAGAUAACCCGAAUAAUGCACAACCACUAACGGGAGCUGGAAGGAGAGAGGGUUUCUUUCUGGCCGCUCUGUAAAUAAACUUUUCGACCAUAGGGUAGGUGCUUACAACGUUUAUAAAAGACGACAAAUAAAUCUCUUAAUUAUGCUAAAUUGACAGCUUUAUUUCCGUAGGUUCCGCCGCCCGGCCCGGGGGAACGGGUGCCGCCCGCCCGUCCCCGGGGGGCUGCGGGGCAGCCGGGCCCGGGCACCUCGGAGCGCCCCGCCCCGCCCCGCACCGCCGUGGCGCGGAAAACCAGCGGCCCCGGCGUAGAAGCGCUCGCUCUCGGGAGCGGGGAUUCCCCUCGGAGACGACAGACGGGAUAAUAUCAGCCCGGGGAGCGGGGUGGGUUUUUUUGACUCGCUUUCUGUUUUGUUCCGCGGUUACGGUCCGCCCCAGGCAGCCUCCCCGAGUGGGCUCCGCAAAAGCGGGUACGGCCGCCCCGCGGGGACAGCGGCUGCGGCGGCAGCGGGCUGCGCGGGCGGCACCGCGCCCGUUCUUGGGGCUCCGCGGGGCCCGGGGGCGGCGGCGCUCACCCCCGCGGCACAGCCGGGCUUUUCCUGUUGAACCCAUCUGGCCGCAACGGCGCUCUUGUUUUUUUGGUUUUGGGUGGGUUUUUUUAACCUGUUUUGAUUAUUAUUUUUUAAGCAGUUAUCCCGGCCUGGCCCCGCCAGGGCCCACCCUCGGGUCCUGCCGUCGGUGCAGGGCCGUACCGGUCCCGCGGGCUCACCCCGCUGAUGCAGCGCCCCGGUACGGCCCGCACCGCACAGGCGAGCCGUGCGGGAGGGACCUCGCCGCUAACGCCACAGCCCGGUGCCGCAGGGAGCAGGGGCAAAGCCCUUGCCCGUGCCCUGGUGCAGGGUCGUGCUGUGCAAAGCGCCGGUGGCACCUGCUUCUGCCGUCCGGAACGGCCUGCUCCCUGUCUCCUCGAACGGGCACCGGCUCCUUGGGCAGCUGCGCUUUCCUUGGGAAAGGCGUUCAGCAGUAGUUGAAGCAAUACGCCCGGUUUUGAGUUGGAGGUGAAGCAGGCUUCCAAAGCUGGGCAUGGACCAGUCCUUGCAGGAUGAAGCCACGCAACGACACCAGCUACAGAGCCGCCACACUCACCACCCCACCGCCCCUUAGCAGCACAAGUAUGCCUUCGCCUUCCCUGCUGCAUCUCUUGGCAGGUUGCAGCUUCAUCACCUGAUGUCGUGUGCUCCUGGCCCCCAAGAGCAACCACAGCCUGCUGCCGGAGGGAUGUCACGGGAGCGCAACCCCACAGGAGCCGGGGUCUCCCUGGUCGGCAUCGGUGGGCUGCAGUACAGGCAGGUGGAUGAGGUUCCAGUGCUCUCAGACUGCUGCGCUCCCAGAGGUACGGCCUCAGAUAACUGCAGCUCCGCCGCAGCCAGAGCGUCGCGAGCAGAACUGGGAUCUCAGCUAGCCAGGUGCACAAUCCAAGGCUCCACUCGCACUCUCCAAACUACCCUCUGCAGCCAUGCUACAAGAUGAAAACCCCAGUCAAAAGCAAACUGUGAUCAACAACAUGGAAACUAAACCAGCUGAAUUAAGGAAACUGCUGAUGACUAGCAUACAGCUACAAAAGAACCUUACAUUGCGUACUGGUAUCAGCAAUCUUAAACCUGUGCCUUUGCCUUACAGUAACAGCCAGGUUUAAAAGUGGUGAUGCUGCAUGUGCCUGGAUUUGUCUACAGGCACCGGUGGAAGAUUUGGGCGAGAACCGAGCGUUAAGCAUCGCCUUGUGAAGAACGGCCACUCGCACCAUUUGGACUGUUAGGCAAAAGAAACCUGCACUCUGUACCAUACUUGGUUCCAGACUCUUGUACUUGUGAAGGAAGUAAUGACUGGUCAGUGGUAAGAUAUCCUGUAUUUAUUCUAUAACUCAGCAAUAACAGUAAUUUUGCUGUUGUGAAAACACAAAAACCAGACUGCAGAGAGAAGGAACGGCAUCAUGGACUUAAACCUUCUGCUUACAGAUAUCCAGCACGUAUGAAGUAAGUUUCAAUUACUGAGUGAGCAAGAAGUUACACAAAGAGGCUUUUCUUUAAUGCAUCUCAGGUUUUGCUAUUUCCCCCAGCUUUAAUACCUUGAUGCUAACACCAAUAAAAAAAAAAAAAAAAAAAGUUUUGCCGCGGUUGUUAACAGCACUCCGCAGCAUAAGGGACCAUGCUGUCCUCUAUGGAAAGACGCAUUAAAGUCCUAUCCCAUUAAACAUCUCGACUAGGUUUUGCACAUGGAGGAAAAAAAAUUAAAAACCAAGCAGAAAGACCUAAGGGGAGGACAGAGCGGACGAGAUAAAAAUGUUCUCUGUCGCAGUUUGUUUUUCCAGUACAGCUGUUUGCAUGCACCACGCUAUCUUCUUUGUGGACUUUUGUAAAAG